CAGAUGAAGUUCAUCGUGGACACUCAGGGUCUGCCCCCAGACCGCCUCCUCAGGUUGGGACCACACACCAACCACUGCUUUGAGAGAUGGUGUAUCAACAGUCAGGACACCUGGACACUGAAGACUCCUGCACUGAUUCAGGUGCAGACGGGGCACAAAUUCUCUGGCACCAGAGCAGUGGUGUUGACCUGUCUGGAGGACAUCAUGGAGAUGAUGGACACAAACACCAUAGAGAAGGAGGGUCAUGAGUUUGUGGACCUUCUGAAACGCAUGAUGUGCCUCGACAACGAACAGUGGAUCAGACCUCUCAAUGUUCUUCAACAUCCCUUCAUGGAAGAGGACAGUUUGGAGACAGAAGUGGAAGAUGAACCUCUUGUCUGGGCCGAGGAAAAUCAGGACCUGACUGAGGACCUCACCCCCAUCAUACAGGAGGAAGCAGAAGAACCAGCAGCCAUCCAGUGUGAGGCACAAGCAGAGACCAGGACCACCUGGAGGAGACACCUGACUCAGGCUUUCAGGAGGAUGUUCUGCCUCUGCUGA